AUGAUUUCUGGUGGCCCGGGCAGUCGUGAUGAAAUGGUCGCAGCGGAAACACCAUAUCGCAAUCAGCAGCAGCAGCAGCAACAACAACAACAACAGUAUAAGAAUCCAUGCGAAUUUGAAUGGCAACAGUUUCUUGAAUGGUUUCUUUCGUUCAGAUUAUGA